AUGGCAAUUAUUUAUGAUUACGAUAAGCUGUUGCUGUGCUUAUCAUUAUCUUAUGCCCGAGAGAACUAUAUUCUGCGUAUAUUACACAAAUAUGUGGUUGUCUAUCUUGCAAGGACAGGGGUGCAUCCAAAAGCGAAGCCCUCAGUGUCUGCAGUAUCUGGAAAGCUUUCCAAUAAAGCGGAUGCCAGCAGGGUCAUCACGAAGCAAGAUUACCGAACGACGUUUAUGUUUCGUGAUAUUCCUAACAAAUACACGCAGGAAAUGGUCAUGAAUUUGAUUAAUGAAACUCAUAAAAACACAUAUGACUUUUUUUAUCUCCGAAUGGAUUUCAAAAACAAAUGUAAUAUGGGAUAUGCUUUUAUUAAUUUCAUUGAAGCAAAGAGUGCAAUCAGCUUGCAUCAGGAACGUGGGGGCAAGAGAUGUUUAAUUCGGAUAAGCGUUUCCAAUUGUCCUACGCCACAAUUCAAGGAAAAGAAAGCCUUGAAUAAACAGCCCGACUACAAACCAAAAUUAUUUUACUCUGUAAUAUCCGAUGUCUAAGAGACAAUCAUUUCAAUCAAAUAUAAGAUAAUCCUUUAUUAAGUGC